AUGAGGAUAUCAAUCCCUUUGUUCUUAAUCUUAAGUGUUUUUAUUGUCCCUCUCGUUACCGCCCAACUUAAAGUUGGCUUCUACAGCGCGACGUGCCCUCGUGCCGAACAGAUUGUGCGGCAAGUCGUGCAGAAACGCUUUGCUUCUGAUCGUUCCAUCACCGCUGCAUUUCUUCGCAUGUAUUUCCAUGAUUGCUUUGUGAGGGGUUGCGAUGCAUCAAUUCUUAUAGACUCCACUCCAAAAAAGCAAUCAGAAAAGGAUGCUGUCCCAAAUCAAACAGUUCGAGGGUUUGAAAUAAUAGAUGAAAUUAAAACAAAUCUCGAAGCGGCGUGCCCCGGUAAAGUAUCUUGUGCUGAUAUCAUAUCACUGGCCACUAGAGACUCGGUAAGUUUGGCUGGAGGGCCAUCGUAUCAAAUACCAACAGGUAGGCGGGACGGGCUAGUCUCAAACCCAAAUGAUGUAAACCUACCAGGACCUUCAGAUUCAGUGUCUCAAGCACUACAAAUUUUCAAAGCUAAGAAGUUAACCUUAAAUGACAUGGUCACACUCCUAGGAGGCCACUCGGUUGGUAUUGCACAUUGCCGUUUCUUCCAAGACCGACUUUCCAAUUUUCAAGGGACCGGAAAGCCAGACUCCACCAUGGACCCGGUUCUAGUUUCUAAACUUACUAGGGUUUGUGCAACGCAACAAGAUGGAACCGCGUUUCUCGAUCAGAAUACAUCUUUUAUUCUAGAUAAUGAAUUCUAUAACCAGAUUAAGAAGAAGAGAGGAGUGAUGCAGAUCGAUCAAGAGCUUGCAUUAGAUGCUUCUAGUGCUCCCAUAGUUAACAACUUUGCCUCAAACCCGGCCUUGUUUCAAAAGAAUUUUGCAGCUGCCCUUGUGAAGCUGGGAAAUGUUGGAGCACUUGUUGGGAAGGCCGGAGAAAUCCGAAAGAAAUGUAGAGUCUUUAAUAAAAAGGGCACUUAAAAACUAUCAGAGUUGGA